CACAUACCAUCCAUGCCGUGCACAAAUGGUAAUUCACGACUUGGAAGCAUUUGAAAAGUUGUUAAAAUAUUGCUAAUAUUUUACUAAUUAACUGAACAAUUAAUUAUUCUAUUGCCUCGAGAGAGUAGCCCCCGAAGUAGACUCCUCUUUCACACGAAUACCCCUCUAAUUUCGUCUUUACUUGAGCUGAUUUUUUGAAUCUCUGGAUGCAGUAGUUCGUCGACAAGAAACUCUACUCGUCGUCGCCUCAACGAUAACAAAAUAAUGGCGACAAUUAAUCCCCCUCUCAAGGAGAAGCCCCGCGGGAUCAUUGCCGGUCUCGCCGGUCGUAUCUGGUACGUCGCCGAGACACUUUUCUCCUACGGUUACGCUAUCCUCGAGUCCUUCGUUUUCAUCGCGUUUUCCGGUCUUUUUAUCGCCGUGAGGUCAUACUUUAUCAAAAAUGAGGAAGACAAUCUUAUCGUGACCUCGUCCGGGGGAGGGCGAAACUCUGUCAAGAAACAUGUCAACAUUUACUACGCCUCGCAAACCGGGACAGCGCAGCGUUUCGCCGAACAAUUGUUCCGAGACGUGGAAAAGAUGGACGACGCGGUUAACUGUCCCGGUGACCUGUUAUCCCCCGUGAAAAACUUGUCCCUCACAGAGGUCGAACACUUAUCGGAAUUAGGUCUAGCUUCCUCAUCACUGGACUCUGUGGGCGUCGCGAUUUUUAUUGUGCCCACCUAUGAAGACGGCGCGCCUCCCGAUUCAGCCGAAUGGUUCUUUAAAUCCCUCGCGGAAAACGCGGUUGACUUCCGCGUGUCGAAAAGCUACUUGAAGAAGAUGAACUAUGCCGUAUUCGGGUUGGGAAAUUCUCUCUAUUGUGACAAUUUCAAUAAGGUCGCGAAGCAGCUUGACUACAAUUUAGCCCACCUAGGGGCACAACGACUCCUCCCCCUCCAACUGGGAAAUGAGAAUAGCACCGAGUCUGACUUUGGCAGCUUGGUGGCCGACUUCAACAUGUGGAAGAGACGUCUUCUCAAGAUACUUUUGUCCAACGAGGCACCCGCUUUUCAUCCUCUCGGCGGCAUCACCUCUUCGAGCGAUAAAAAUUCUCAUCCUCCUCAAGACGAAGACCUUGUCGAAUCUUCCUCCGAAGACGAGGCUGCUGACGACACCGUCGACCAACCUGGAACUUGUGGAAGCAAGACAGAAAUCAAAAUCAACCAAAAUAAUAAGACAUCUUCCGGAGAUCUCGUCGAUUUAGAAGACAUCGGCUCCCUCGUGAUCACGGCGAGAAAGAAGAUCGCCCGAGAAAAACAGGAUUUCGCCGAGAUGGGAAAUUUAAAAGAAAUGGUAACACCCGAGCUGAGGAAGGCGCUGACAAAACAAGGCUACAAACUGAUUGGGUCACAUUCAGGGGUUAAAUUGUGUCGCUGGACGAAGUCAAUGUUGAGAGGAAGAGGUGGCUGUUAUAAGCACACCUUUUACGGCAUCGCGUCCCACCAGUGCAUGGAGGCUACGCCGAGUCUCGCCUGCGCCAACAAGUGCGUCUUUUGCUGGCGUCAUCAUUCAAAUCCUGUUGGCACCGAGUGGAAAUGGAAGAUGGACGAGGCGCAGAUGAUUCUUGACGGAGCGUUGCAAAACCAUUACAAGAUGAUCAAGGAAUUUCAAGGAGUUCCUGGCGUAAGUCGCGAACGUAUCGAAGAAGGCUUGCAUGCCCGCCAUUGCGCCCUUUCCCUCGUCGGAGAGCCCAUCAUGUACCCCGAAAUCAACAAGUUUGUCAAACUCCUGCACGCCAAGAACAUUUCGAGCUUUCUCGUCACCAACGCCCAGUUCCCAGACGCCAUUCGAGCCAUGUCACCCGUCACGCAGUUGUAUGUCAGUGUCGAUGCGGCGACGAAGGAAAGUCUCAAGAAGAUUGAUCGCCCCCUUUUUAAAGAUUUUUGGGAAAGGUUUCUCGACAGUUUGAAAGAAAUUAAGGAUAAGGGCCAACGGACGGUUUAUCGCCUCACCCUCGUAAAAGACAUGAACGUCGCAGAACUUCAGAAUUACGCAAAACUCGUGGAACUCGGAGAUCCAGACUUUAUUGAAAUUAAGGGCGUCACGUACUGCGGGACAUCCAAAGCGUCCACCUUAACGAUGGAGAACGUACCGUGGCACGAGGAGGUGGUAUCUUUCAGCCAAUCCCUAUGCACCAAUCACCUCCCCAACUAUGAACUUGCAUGCGAGCACGAGCACUCCAACUGCAUCCUCCUCGCGAACAAACGGUUCAAAAUCGACGGGGCUUGGCACACAUGGAUUGAUUACGACAAGUUCCAUCAACUAGUACAAAAAUACUACGAUAGCGAUGGAACUAUCACGUUCAACGCGUUGGACUACGCCGAGAAAUCACCGUCCUGGGCUGUGUACGGUUCGAAUGAGAAGGGAUUCGACCCAGAGGAGACGCGAUGGAUGAGAAAAUCAAAAAACAAGGACAUUUCAGGGUGCUAAAUAACCGCACAAAUAAAGAAAUGCGUAGUUUAAUUGAGCAGAGUGCCUUCACGUCAGACUCUUUACACUGUUUUGCAAUGUAUAAAAUUAAUUAUAUAAUUAAUUAUUUAAGUCAGUUUAAAAUGAUUAAAAAUUUAGAAAACUCUCUUGUCCAAUGUGCAUGUGAACCAUGUCGUAUGUAUAGUUUUUUGUUCUCUUCUAUUUUCUCGUUUCGUUUAGAUUUCUAAAUUGAACUACAUUUGAAUAUUUUAGUACAGCAGUAAUUAAAUUAUUUAAAGUACAAACAGUUUUUGCCUGUACUGAUAUAUUUAAAGAAUAACUAUGCAAUUAAAAACUGCGUGUUUAAUAUAAGUUAGUAAAUAAAACUUGUAUCAAACUUUA